UCUGGGAGCGGCAGGAUGUGCGAAUGAGGGCGCGAGACAGAUAAACAGAGACACGCAGAACUUCAGCAAAGGGACAGAGGAGGAGACAGCAAAAUUAUUUAGGAGCAUUUAUAUACACGUGACACCUCGAAUCUGCACAAGUAUGUCUGUAAACUCUCCCAGUAGCAGUGAUGCAUGUUUGAGCAUCGUUCACAGUCUGAUGUGCCACCGGCAGGGUGGAGAGAACGAGGGAUUUGCCAAGCGUGCCAUUGAGAGCCUUGUGAAGAAACUAAAAGAGAAGAAGGACGAGCUGGAUUCUCUUAUAACCGCCAUCACUACGAACGGUGUCCACCCCAGCAAAUGUGUCACCAUCCAGAGGACACUGGAUGGCAGACUGCAGGUAGCAGGGCGAAAAGGCUUUCCUCAUGUCAUAUACGCUCGACUGUGGCGUUGGCCAGACCUCCACAAAAACGAGCUCAAACAUGUCAAGUUCUGCCAGUAUGCCUUCGAUCUCAAGUACGACAAUGUAUGUGUCAACCCCUAUCACUAUGAACGGGUGGUGUCUCCAGGCAUCGUUGGACUAAGCUUGCAUACCACAGCCAGGCCAAUAAAGGAAGAAUAUAUCCAUGACUGUAUUCAGAUGGAUGGUCCACCUAGAAUGCCCUCCCAACAAGAACAUCAUGCCCCAGAGCACUACAGCCAACAGCUGCCCCCUCUCCAGCUUCCUCCAGAGCCCCAUCGCCACGUCCCUCCUUCAGUAACCCUCUACCCCAGCCUGCCCCUCUCACCACCUUCGAGCAGCUCCAGAUUGUCCCUGCAGGGUAGCCAUUCGGAGGGCCUACUGCAAAUCGCCUCUGCUCAAAGUAGGGCUUUGGCAUCCUGUUCUCCCCCUACUACCCCUACACACACACCAACAAACACAACAACACACAGCCAGACCUCAGCCCAGCAACCUGAUGCAGAUCGCUGCAGUCAGAGUGAUUACAGCAGCCCAAAACAAACACAGGCACAGACAUCCUACCACACAACAACUUGGACAGGCACGAGCACUGCCUCCUAUACACCAAUGGGGUCCCAGCAGAAUGGGCGGAGUCACCAGCAGGGUCCUUCCCACCACACCGGUCAUUUCUGGUCUCAACAUCACACUCCCACCUCAUACCCACAGCCAGUCUCCAACCAUCCAGGUCCAGAGUUCUGGUGCUCAAUCUCAUACUUUGAGAUGGAUAUCCAAGUUGGGGAGAUGUUUAAAGUCCUGGCUAAUUGCCCACUGGUAACUAUAGACGGCUAUGUGGAUCCAUCAGGAGGAGACCGCUUCUGUCUGGGGCAGCUGAGCAAUGUGCAUCGAACAGAUGCCAGUGAGCGAGCGAGGCUCCACAUUGGUAAAGGUGUGCAGCUAGAGUGUCGUGGCGAGGGAGACGUAUGGAUGCGAUGUCUCAGUGAUCAUGCUGUCUUUGUGCAGAGCUACUACCUAGACAGGGAGGCAGGAAGAGCACCAGGGGAUGCUGUGCACAAAAUCUACCCAGGAGCAUAUGUCAAAGUAUUUGACCUGCGUCAAUGCCAUAGGCAGAUGCAGCAGCAAGCAGCAACUGCACAGGCAGCUGCAGCUGCACAGGCUGCAGCAGUGGCUGGAAAUAUUCCUGGACCUGGCAGUGUAGGGGGCAUUGCCCCUGCCAUCAGUUUCUCUGCUGCAGCUGGCAUAGGAGUUGAUGAUUUGCGCCGGCUGUGUAUAUUGCGUCUGAGCUUUGUAAAGGGUUGGGGCCCGGAUUACCCACGCCAGAGCAUUAAACAAACCCCAUGUUGGAUUGAGGUGCAUCUCCACCGGGCGUUGCAGCUGCUGGACGAGGUUCUACACACCAUGCCCCUUGCUGAGCCCAGCCCUGCCAACUGACCUGGUAACAGAGCUUAAUCAAACACAGCAUCUCACAAGAAUCCACAACAGGGAACGAUGGAGGAGAGAUGGAGAGAUGAUGAUAUGCUCCAUAGCUUCUCCCGCAUACACAGCAUGCCCACGUGAACAGACAGUGACUCAUGGAAGGAGGCAGACACUUAUGCAAGCUUUCCAUUGCCAUGGCCAGCAGACUGAGUGGACCUUAGUCCUGACCAGUGUAUAGUCCAAUCAUAAGACUGUUGACUCACAUGGAAAUAAAGACCAGGGAAAGAUGUUCUUAAGGCACAGGUGAACAGGAGGCCCUGGAAUUGGUGAAGCGUUGAGUAGCGCUUGCAUCGAGAGAAAUCUGUGGGUCAUCCUAACAAAAAACAAUGAGUCAUGGUAUUCUUGGCCCAGGAUAUGAUUUGAAAUGCUGAGUUAUUCUGUCAGAGCAGUGGUACCACAAACACCAAACUCGGCUAAAUAUAGGUAAUGGACAGACAAUCAUUUUUUACUUUUGUUACAAUGUGUUUUUGUAACCAUGGGAUAGUAUUUUAGCAAAGCGUUUUCUUUUACAACCAAACCAAAGCAACAAAUACUAAUUAAUACGAGCAAAGUAUUUCACUGUUUUUAAUGCCAAAAUGGAUUUAUAGCAUUUUAUAUGCUGCAAAACCAAAAUGGCAGCUUCUUUAUAGUGCAUAGAAAAUGACAACUCUGAGUAAACAAAUCAAAGAAUUUCCUCAUGUUUAAUACAUAUGUCUUGCUCUUUAGGUAUUAGAUCUUUUAUUACUUUUUGGAUUAUUUUGCACCUAAUUUCAUGCUCAUCCCCCUUCUCAUUAUGAAGUCUCUCUUUUAGAUAUUUUAGGUGUUUCUUUCUGUUCCACCCCACCUCCAAUUUUCUGUGCCUUAUUACCCAUGAGUAUAUGCUGUACCUUUGUUAUAUAAAUCUAUGCAAAAAUAUAUUUUUUAGUUUAUUACUGAUUCCAUUUGUUCUCACACACAGACUGACCUAUUCAGUGACUUGACUUUUAGAAGUUUCAGGCAGUUUGAAGCAGUAGAAAGUAGUUCAUUUUUUGCCAUUUUUUUUACAUGCUUUGAUUUUCUUUCUUUCUUGUGUCUCCCACAAGCAUUAUAUGUUCCCUGAUGAACAUUCUUUACUGUCUUAAACAUUUAGGAGCCUUGUAGUUGUUCUUGGUAUUACUUUAAACCAGCUUCAUAGAAUUAAUGUAAUAAGCAAAGUUUGUGUCUGAUUACUACAACAUUCAAAUACAUAGUAGUAAUGAUAGCAAUAUGGCAUUAUUUUCAACAGGUUUCCUAAACUAAGAAAAAUAAAAGUAAUUUAUAGAUUAAGUUCUUUAAGUGGCUGCACACACAUUAGCCAUAGUGACAAGUGGAAUGAUAAACUAAGAACCAAAGGCCCCACACAAGCUUUACUCCAAAGGUAUGACAAGUCAUAUAAUAGUGUAUGCUGUUAACUUUUAUAAGGUAAACCUCACAAGGUUUCCAUUCAUCUUUGUAAACAUUAUUAAAGACAUUGAUUGAACCCAAAACUUUGUUUUAACCCAGUACUUUAGUAUUGUACAGUUUUUAAAAAAAUAAUUAAAGAAAGCAAGCUAUGCUAGUCUGCAAUGAGAGUAAAUAAAUUACAAAACACAGCUUUAGACACAGCCCAGUGUUUGAGUAAACUCCUGGGAUAUUGAUCUGGUCAGUUAAGUAGCAGAGGGGGUUGUUAAUCAGUUUCAGCUGCAUUGGUGUUAAUGAAAUUAACAACAGGUACACUAGAUGGACAACAAUGUGAUGACCCCCAAAACAGGAAUGGUUUUACAGGUGGAGGCUACUGACAUUUUUUCCCUACUCAUCUUUUCUGACUAUUUUUCACUAGUUUUGUAUUUGGCUAGGGACAGUGUCACUACUGGUAGCAUGUGGUGAUACCUAGACCCUACAGAGGUUGCACAGGCAGUCCAACUCCUCCAGGAUGGCACAUCAAUAAAGUUUUCAGUGUCUCCCAGCACAGUCUCAAGAGCAUGGAGGAAAUUUUAAGAGACAGGCAUUUACUCUAGGAGAGCUGGACAGGGCCGUAGAAGGUCCUUAACCCAUCAGCAGGACUGGUAUUUGCUCCUUUGUGCAAGGAGGAACAGGAUGAGCACCGCCAGAGCCCUACAAAAUUACCUUCAGCAGGCAACUGGUGUGAAUGUCUCUGACCAAGCAAUCAGAAACAGACUUCAUGAGGGUGGACUGAGGGCCCAACGUCCUCUAGUGGGCCCUGUGCUCACUGCCCGGCACCGUGGAGCUUGAUUCAAGAUUCCAGAUUCAAGAAGCUUUUAUUGUCAUUUCAACCACAUACAGCUGGCGCAGUACAUAGUGAAAUUAAACAACGUUUCUCCAGGACCUGGUGCUACAUAAACAUACAACAACAAGUUCAAUACAAAACAACAAACAACACCACAGAGCUAGGACAGAAGUUUGUCUUAGCCACGUAAAGUGCACAGUGUGCAGCUAGGUGCAAACAGAGCAUAGACAAGACAGUGCAAAAAAGACAAUGAUUGGCAUUUGCUAUUGAAGACCGGAAUUGGCAGGUCCGUCACUGGUGGCCUGUGCUUUUCACAGAUGAGAGCAGGUCCACCCUGACCACAUGUGACAGACGUGUAAGAGUCUGGAGAAGCCGUGGAGAACGUUAUGCUGCCUGUAACAUCGUUCAGCUUGACUGGUUUACUGCUGGGUCAGUGAUGGUCUGGGGAGGCAUAUCCAUGGAGGGACACACAGACCUCUACAGUUUAUACAAUGGCACCCUGACUGCCAUUAGGUAUCAGGAUGAAAUCCUUGGACCUAUUGUUAGACAUGGGUUCCUCCUGGUGCAUGGCAAUGCCUGGUAUGCAGGCAGUUCCUGGAGGGUGAUGGAAUUAAUAUCAUUGAAUGGCCCCCACGCUCACCUGACCUAAAUCCAACACCUCCGGGACAUUAUGUUUCGGUCCAUCCGACACCACCAGGUUGCACCUCAGACUGUCCAGGAGCUCAGUGAUGCCCUGGUCCAGAUCUGGGAGGAAAUACCCCAGGACACCAUCCGUCAUCUCAUUAGGAGCAUGCCCGACAUUGUCAGGCAUGCAUACAAGCUCAUGGGGGGCAUACAAACUACUGAGUAUCAUUUUGAGUUGCUGCAAUGAAAUUUCAGAAAAAUGGACUAGCCUGCUGCAUCAUUUUUUCACUUUGAUUUUCGGGGUGUCUUUGAAUUCAGCCCUCUGUAGAUUGAUAAUUUCCAUCAAACGAUGUGGCAUCCCAUCAUUCCUAACACAGUAUGCAGUCCAUAUCAGUAUAGAUAUCCAGCAUGAAAUUUUUCCCCAAUGAGAUCUGAUGUGUUUUCAUAAUGUUCCUUUAAUUUUUUUGAGCAGUAUAUUAUAUUAAUCUUAUACAUUUAUCACUAUAGCUGUUUCUUAUACACUGUCAAUUUAAUUCUGUAAGUGUUUAAUGAAAGCUUUUAUUGUCAUAGGUAUAUACAAAAGUUGUACAUUUUCUAGUAUCUUUUCAUCAAAAGUUGUUAUAAAAGCAGUGCCAGAUCAGAGUUAGCCUUGGUGCAGUAGUGCCCAUGAAUUGGAGAGGCAUAUACGCACAUUGCUCAAAAGACUUGACUUAUUAUUAUUGAGUAUGAUUAGUAGCUUCAACAGUUGAGUCAGGCUGACUUAGCUUGCUUACUGGUGCUUGUCCCACACAUUCUGGAGUACGAUUAUCUGUUCUUUCUUUGUAUACUGGAUGUUAAGGCAUUUCUAGAGCAAUUCAGUGAUAUUUACAUGUUUAUUGAAUAUGUUAUUGAAAUAUAUACACUACCAGUCAAAAGUUUGGACACACCUUCUAAUUCCAUGGUCUUUCCUGUUGUUUAUUUCUUUCUACACUGUAAAACAAUGCUGAAGCCGGCCGAAAUACACAAUAAUCUCGUUUGAACAGUUGAUAUUGAGAUAUGUCUGCUACUGAUGCUCUGUAAAGCCUUCAUAACGGCUCUAAUAUGAGGUGCUGUUAAUUGGUGAUUUCUGAGGCUGGUAACUCUAAAUGAACUUCUCCUCUGCAGCAGAGGUAAAUUUUGGUCUUGCUUUACUGGGAUGGUCUUCAUGUGAGCCAGUUUCAUCAUGGUGCUUGAUGGGUUUUGCAAAUGCACUUGACAAUACUGUUCUUGCAAGAACUAUUCCAGAACACCUGACCUUCGUGUCUUAAAAUAACAACUGACUGUUUUUUGUUGUCAUUACAUAUGGAUUACUUAAGUCCAUGUGUGUUAUUUCAUAGUUUUGAAAUCUCCAGUAUUGUUCUAGAAUGUAGAAACUAAAUCCCUAAACAAAAAACAUGUGAAAAAAGCUGUGUCCAAACUUUUGACU